AUGUUGCUCUCCGCUAUUGUCUUCGCAGUCUCUCUGCUGGUGUCGGGAAUCCAAGCCCAAAGCUUCGAUCCUCAAUCUGUUCCUGACGAUCUGAAACUUUCAUGGUGUGAUGCCCAACUGGCGGCUUGCCCUAAGGUUUGCAAGAGUUUUGCAUCCGUCAACAAGUGCGAUGCGAAUGAUUUGUCCUUCACGUGCACCUGUGGGGACGGCAGCACCCCAGACCUCACCAAAUAUAUGAACACGAUCCCCUACUUUAUCUGCACGGCGACCUAUGGGCAAUGUGUCAAGAGCCACCCCGAUGACUUGUCUGGGCCAGAGAGCCUGCAAGACGAACCAAACAAAGUGCUUGGGAACCAUAGACCCUCUCAAGUCUGCGUCAACCACGAGCCAGAUUGGGCAAACCAGCGCGGCCAAACCCACGGGCAAACCCACCGUCACACCCACGACCACGAGCGAGCCAGCAGCCACAACCACCGAUAA